CGCCCCAAAGCCACCCCCGAGCGGCCCUUCCCCACUCCGCUGCCCCACCGCUGCUUGGAGACGGGAUCGGGUCAGGGGUUGGCGGCGUUGCGGGGGCGGCACCGCGGCUCUGCGGGGCCUUCGGGGCCGGGAGCGGCCUUCGGGCCUUGCCCCCACCCCCCCCCACCCCACACACAUACACACAGCGCCCAUUGGGGGGGAGGAAGGGGACGGGCGCGGAACUGCGCAGGCGCCGAGCCGGGGGGGGUCCACGUGGGGCGCGGUGCGGGGCCGGGAGCGGCGGUGCGGGGCUGGGUGCGGGGAUCGGGGACAGCCGAAGCGCUUCCGGGCUCUGCGCAACCCGGGGUGACGUGUGUGCCGUGCGGCGACAGCGUCCGGGCGGUUCUCCCAGCCUGGCCAGCGUCCGUGCACGGCUGCGGAUCGUGCAGUGCACCAUCAUCGCUUCUCUAUGCGCUGCUGGGCUCUGUGCAAUGCGUGGUGGCAGCGCUGCGGUGCUGGCCGUGUGCAAUGCGCAGUGACAUCUGGGGCCUGCUGAGCCCGUGCAGUGCAUCAGCACCACCCCGUGCAGUGUUGGGACCCGUGCAGUGCACCAUCAUCGUGUUUGUGCAGUGCUGGGCCCUGUGCAGUGCGUGGUGCAGUGCUGUGGUGCUGGCCUUGUGUAAUAUGCAGUGACAUCUGGGCACUGCUGGUAUUGUGCAGUGCACCAUCAUCAUGUUUGUGCACUGCUGGGGGUCAUUCAGUGCACUUUCAUCACAUCUGGACACUGCUGGGCCCUGUGCAGUACGUGGUGCAGUGCUGUGGUGCUGGCCGUGUGCAAUACACAGUGACAUCUGUGCAAUGCUGGCCCCAUGCAGUGCUCCAGCACCACCCCAUGCACUGCUACAAACUGUGCAAUGCACCAUCAUCAGAAUUUGUACAGUGCUGGGCCCUGUGCAGUGUGUGGUACAGUGCUGUGGUGCUGGUCUUAUGCAAUGUGUAGUGGCAUCUGGGCACUCCUGGCAUCGUGGAGUGCACCAUCAUCACAUUUGUGCAGGGCUGGGUUCUGUGCAGUGCGUGGUGGCAGUGCUGUGGUGCUGUCCACGUACAAUGCACAGUGCCAUCUAGGCCCUGCUGGCCCCACACAGUGCACCAACACCACCCUGUGCACUGCUAUGCUGUGUGCAGUGCUGAUGGCAGUACUGGUGCUGGCCUUCUACAGUGUGCAGUGACAUCUGGGCACUGCUGGCAUCAUGCAGUGCACCAACACCAGCGUGCACUGCUGGGACUCGUGCAGUGCACCACCAUUGCUUCUCUGUGCAUUGCUGGGCCAUGUGCAGUGUGUGGUGGCAGUGCUGUGGUGCUGGCUUUAUGCACUGUGCAGUGACAUCUGGACAUGCCUGGCAUAAUGCAGUGCACCUUCAUCACAUCUGUACACUGCUGGGCUCUGUGCAGUGUGUGGUGUAGCACAGUGGUGCUUGCCUUACAUAAUGCACAGUGACAUUUGGGCACUGUAGGCACGAUGCAGUGCAUCAACACCACCCCAUGCACUGCUGGGACUCGUGCAGUGCACCAUCAUCAUGUUUGUGUGCUGCUGGGCUCUGUUCUUGAUGGCAGUGUUGUGGUGCUGGCCCUGUGCAGUGUGCAGUCAGCGUGCUGGUUUUGUUGACUCCCAUGCUGGUUCUGGGGAGCUCUGUGUGAUUUUGGGGAGCUCUGCAUGUUUUUGGAUGUCUCCAUGUGCUUUUGCUGGUCCCCCAUGUUGGUUUUGGGGAGCUCUGUGUCAGUUUUGGUGAUCUCUGUGCUGGUGUUGGAGACCUCUUCAUGUUUCUGGGGAGCUCUGUGAGAUUUUGGCGUUCUCAACAUGUUUUUAGGCAUCUUUAUGUGCUUUUGGUGACCCUCUGUGCCAGUUUUGGCAACCCCUGUGCCAAUUUUGGGGAUCCUUGUGCCAGGUUUGAUGACUCCUGUGCCAGUUUUGGUGACCCCGAGCUGAUUUUGGGGAACUGUGUGCGAUUUUGGCAGCCUCUAUGCUGAUCUUGAGAAGCUCUGCCAAGUUUGGCAACCGUGCCAGUUUUGAUGAUCCCGUGCCCAUUUUGGUGACCCCUAUGUUAGUUUUGGUGACCUCCGUGCCUAUUCCGAUGAGCUCUACACCUGAUUUGGUGACACCCAUGCCAUUUUGGCAGAGCUCCUCACUGACUUGGGGCAGCUGUGUGUGAAUGCAGAGAACUCCGCAUGCUUCUCUUGACCCCUACCCCCCCUCCCCACAUCCCACUGCCAGUGGGAGGGGGGUUGUGGGGUACAGACAGAGCCCUGGUGCCAAUCUGGCCACCCCACCCCACCCUGCAGCAGCCAAGAAGAAGAACAAGAAGGGGAAGACCCUGACCCUGACUGACUUCCUGGCGGAGGAUGGCGGCAGCGGUGCGCCCACCUACAUCCCCAAGCCAGUCAGCUGGGCCGAUGAGACCGAUGACCUGGACGGCGACGGUAGGGUCUCCACCGCUUGGCACAGCAACGAUGAUGAUGUGUACCGGGCACCGCUGAUCGACCGCUCGCUGCUGCCCACCGCCCCCCGCGCCGCACGUGAGCCCAACAUCGACCGCAGCCGCCUGCCCAAGUGCCCGCCCUACACGGCCUUCCUGGGCAACCUGCCCUACGACGUCACCGAGGACUCCAUCAAGGACUUCUUCAGGGGCCUCAAUAUCAGUGCUGUGCGCUUGCCGCGGGAGCCCACCAACCCCGAGAGGUUGAAAGGUUUUGGCUAUGCUGAGUUUGAAGACAUCGACUCCUUGUUUCAGGCACUGAGCCUCAAUGAGGAGUCUCUAGGAAACAGAAGGAUACGAGUGGAUGUUGCUGACCAAGCUCAGGAUAAAGACCGGGACGAUCGCUGCUUUGGACGGGACCGUGACCGUUUCCGGGACUCAGAGAGGUUUGAGAGCGACUGGCGCGCCCGUCCCGCCGCCUCCGACAGCUUCGAUGAUUUCCCACCACGCCGCGGGGACGACGCCUUCGGGGACAGGUAUCGGGAUCGCUACGACGAUCGGUAUCGCGAUGGCCCGCGGCGCGACAUGGACCGCGGCUUCGGCGGCAGAGAUCGCUACGAUGACCGCAGCAGAGACUACGACCGGGGCUACAACUCGCGCAUCGGCAGCGGCCGGAGGGCCUUCGGCAGUGGCUACCGUCGCGACGACGAUUUCCGGGGCGGCAGCGACCGCUACGAGGAGCGCUACGAACGGCGCGACGACCGCAUGGAGCGUUGGGGAGGGAGAGAGGAAUACGGGAGGGAUGAGUUCCGGCGUGAAGAGAGGGGCCCCACGCAGCGCCCAAAGCUGAACCUGAAGCCGCGCAGCGCUCCGAAGGAGGAGGAGAGCACAGCGGCCCCUGCACCGCAGUCCAGCCGCGCCGCCUCCAUCUUUGGGGGGGCCAAACCCGUGGACACGGCCGCCCGCGAGCGUGAGGUGGAGGAGAGGCUGCAGAAGGAACAGGAGAAGCUGCAGCGGCAGCUAGAGGACGACAAGAGGCUGGAGCGGCGGCCCAGGGAGCGGUACCCCAGCAGCCGCAGUGAGGACAACCCCGAGCGGUCACGAACAGGCAGCGAGUCCUCACAGAGCGGAGCUGCAGGACCCCCUGGCACCACCGCCGGCACCGGUCCCACCGGCAGGACCACAAGGAGGAGGGAGAGUGAGAAGUCAGUGGAGGGCGAUGCGUGCGGCCGCGAGGAGGAGGGCCGUGAGGAGAAGCAGCCACUGAAGGUGAUGCCCGCGCCGCCCCCCAAGGAGAACGCGUGGGCCAAGCGCAGCAGCAGCACCGCCGGGCGCUCCCCAGGCUCUGACUCUGAGCAGCACUCACCCAGCAGCAGCCAGAUGGCUUCCCGCCCGCCUGCAGAGAAUGGGGCCACCCCAAGGAGCACCCACCGGAGAGGGGAUGAGAACAAGCCAGAUGGGGGCCGGGAUGGCCCGAAGGCGCGCAGUGGGAGCUCGGCCGAGAGGAAAGACGGCCGCAAGGAGCAUGAGGCAAGAGCUGCGCCUGAGCCAAAGAGACUGGAGGACAGCCCAGCCCCCUUCAGCCACGCCAGCAAGUAUGCAGCGCUGUCAGUGGAUGGCGAGGAGGAGGAGUGCGGCGAGUGAAGGCCGUCCCCAACCCCAACACCGAAAUGGAACAGAAAACCCAGCGCCGCCCUGCCGAAAUCAAGCCAAGAAUCAGCAUAAGGAAAGGAAAAAAAGGAGGAAAACCGAUAUUGCCAGGCCCUGCCGCUCCGCCCUGCUUCGUUUGGGUUUUUUUUGGGGGGGGGUUGGGGGUCUUUGGGGGGGUCUGGCCUCAAAUCUGCUCCCCAUCUCCCUCCCUGCCCUGUUGCUGUUGGGGUGGGAGUGCUGUGGGGUGUGGGGCUGUGCGGCACUGGGCGCCGUUGGGUUUUCUGUUGAUUUCCUCCAAUAAAGGUGAUCGGAACGGCCGCACCA